ACGUUCUUUCCGGUUUAGGAUUUUGUCCAGUGUGCUUGUUCUCUUUCGAGCUAAGGCCAAUUAUUUAAAACAUUAAUUUUUGGCAACUUGCACCAAUUAUUAAUUAAGCCCAAAGUUAUAAUAUGUCUACCAAAGCUGAGCUCGCUUGCGUCUACGCCUCCCUCAUUCUGGUUGAUGAUGAUGUCGCCGUUACUGGUGAGAAAAUCUCAACCAUUCUGAAGGCCGCCAAUGUUGAGGUGGAACCCUACUGGCCAGGUCUCUUCGCCAAGGCUUUGGAGGGCAUCAAUGUCAAGGACUUGAUCACCAACAUUGGAUCCGGUGUUGGCGCUGCUCCAGCUGGCGGUGCUGCUGCCCCCGCUGCCGCUGAUGCGCCCGCCGCUGAGGCCAAGAAGGAGGACAAGAAGAAGGAGGAGGAAUCUGAUGUCUCCGACGAUGACAUGGGCUUUGGUCUGUUCGACUAAGCAGUCACCUACAACCUCCAGCUGCUGUAGUGAUGUGAAGUUUUGUUUUCUCAAAUUCGUACACGUUUUAAUGUACAAAUGCGUGAAAAUAUAAAUUUUUACUAAAAAAGAA